CUGAACAGCUCACAAGUUCUUGUUCUGUCUGAGUGUAAAGUAGUCAGAGCGAUCGGACACCUCUUUUAGUUGAGGCAUGGGCGCCCACUUUCAGCAGUUCUGGCUCUUGUGAAGCGGGGGUUCCUCUUCUGCUGGCACUGUGAAGAGAAUAGAAUGGAGUGAAUGUGAGGAAAGACCGCUCUCAGGCCUUCCGCUUUUUAAGUGAGAGCAAACAUUAUAGUUGCAAGGCCAUACCGGGACGCCAUGUUUCCCCUUUCGACACUCAUCGUCUACGUCGGAGGCUACCUUUUCUUAGUGUUCUUCGCGGUGUGCUUGGCGACCGGCUUGUACUACAUUGCGGAGCUUGUGGAGGAAUACACGCGGCUCACCAAAAGGGUCAUCGGCACCGCUAUCAAGGUAGUGAUUGGGAUCCACGUGGCACUCCUCCUCUGGGACCGCCUCCCGGUGCUCCCGAUUGCGGUCGGGAUCGGUUCGCACGUCGUGUACUACCGGCUGCUCAAGACCUUCCCGUACAUUUCUCUCACGUCUCCGGACUUUCUUGGGAGUGUCGGUCUGGUCGUUCUGAGCCACAUCGUGUGGUUCCGCUUCUUCGCCUAUGACUAUCAGCGGCCGUACCUGACGUUGGAGUACGUCAUCGGCUUCUUCCUGAUAAUGGUGUGGCUCAUCCCGUUCGCUUACUUCAUCUCGCUCGCGGCGAACGAGAGCGUGUUACCGGGCGCCGGGGGGCCCGGCGCUAGUUACGGUGGUUACACCAGACAAGAGUCCGAUCCCACUUACAUGGGCGGUGGGAAGCGUUCAAGGGGAACGCUUCUCGGCAUCUUCAAUUUCCUCAAGCGGAAAAGGGAUGACAUGCUGCCGCAGUUUACUUCCAAGAUACCGUCUUCGUAUCUGAGUAGUAAAGAGCGGGUUUUGUAACGUCAUAUAUUGCGGAUUCUCUUGAAUGUAGCCUGUUUUCCUCCAAGCCAUUGGAAGGGCGUUUGGGAACCUUGUACAGAAGUCGAUCUACGGUUGUGUAUACAAGAUGGUAACUCUCGAUGUCAGAGCUUUUGGCAAUCAUGGUUGAUGGGUUGUCG